CGAAAAUCGAAUAAAUUUUAAAAAAAGGGGUGUUAUCAUUAUUUGAAUAAACUUGUCAAUAGUUUAAGAGACUCGAGACUUUGGCAGUACCGAUCUGGUUAUGUGUCCUCAGUGAGAUUUCGAUUACUGAGAUAUCUCUAGAUGUCGAUGCUCUUAGAAGGUGUGAUCGUGGUAGUGAUUAUGCGGGAGCGCAUGUGAUCGAGCUGAGAGUUGGCAAGACAGGUCGAGGCUUUGAACCCAAGUCAUGGCGUGACAUGGGCAUGAUCGGGAUGGCAUAAUCGUGCAUGACGUCGAGUGCGGCCCCGAGCGGGAUUCGGACUCGGACUUGGAGGGCUUUUGUCGGACCAGUAGCAGAAAGGAUGGGGGCUGAGCGGUGAGCAAUAGAUGAUGUCACUCAACACUCGAACUCAACCAGCCAACUUGGGGGGAUCCGCGCGAAUCGGGGAACGAGCGUAGAGAAAGUGAUUAGCCUCAUCCGUCUUGGGCCCCAGGAUGGAUGUCAAUGCUACGUUAAGCGAACGAAAAUCGGUGCUAGAACGAGAGGAACGAGGAAAGGUCACUGUCAUAGUAUGGCAUAGCACAGAAUUUGCCUCCCCCGCCCAAAGGACCGGACGUGCCAACCAUCGAGGACUCUUGACGUUCUCGUAAAGCGUAUCAAGGUCUGAUACAGUACGAGGGAGGGCUGACGUGAGUCACUGCCGUGCCAACCUAGAAGGGGCUGAAUUGGAACUGCGCCAUGGCGGGUGGAUUGGCAUGCGUAGACUAAGAAGAGGAGAAGUUGGACGAGGGUGAUGGAGUUGUAAGCACUGGGUACCUACUAGUAGUGGUAAGAACUCCAAAUAGCU